UGGGACCAAUGUAAGUGAUUUCAUUGCAGGUGUCGAUCCUGCUCAGUUGAGUUGAAGGAGCAUCAUCGAGAAGAACAACACAUCAAAAACAUUCAAUAGUAUGUGGGCUUUCAUCUUAUAUUUCAUCUGUGCGGAGGUGUGUGGAGAGGUUGAUGACAUUGAAACAGUGAAAGUGAAAGAGGGAGGUUUCCUCAAUCUGAAUCCGGGACUUCAUGAUCCUAACGGAGACGUUCAGAUACUGUGGACGUUUGAAAGCGGCAGACAAAGUACUCGUGUCGCACAGAUGCAUCAAGGAAAAAUAUACACUCAUUAUGACAAGAGACUCACUGGCAGAGUGCAGCUAGACCAAGAGACAGGGAUUUUAACCAUUACUGACAUCAGAACUAAUGAAUCUGGACUGUAUAAAGCAUUAAUCGUCAUCAAUACACACAUCUCAGGACGGAGGUACAAAGUUGAUGUUUAUGCACCUGUCUCUGUACCUGCCAUCAGGAGCAGCUCAGCUCUGCAUCAAUCUACAGGUACAUCAGAGGAAAUAUGCUCUGUGCUUUGCUCUGUGAGAAAUGAUCGAGACGUGUUCAUCUCAUGGUAUAAAGGGGGUGAAAUUGUGAAUCAAACCAGCAAUCCUGAUCUCAGCAUCAACCUCAGUUUACAAUUAGAGCUUCAUUAUAAUGAUUCAGAGAUCUACAGCUGCACGGCUGCAAAUCCAGUGAGCAACAAGAGCGUCAGUCUUCACAUGAAAGAGAUCUGCCCACGACAUGAAGAUUGUCUGGAUCAUUGUGGCGUCACCGAAGCUCUGAUUCGACUGGUUCUGUCUGGUCUGGUGGGAAUCGCCACUGUUUUCUUUCUGGUCGAACAUGUGAGGAUCUGCUCAGUUCAGAGAAGAGCUGCUGCUUCUGUGUGA